UUAACUUCCUGUUCUUGUAAUGAUAUCAAUUCCAGUUUCAGUUCUCUUAAUAUCCCAUCUCCCCUGCUCUUUUUUCUAAGAUAUGGCGGAUAGUUACUGGAGAUACGCCGGCGACUCACGGCAGCCGCAACCGCAGUCUAUGCCUUCUCUCACUGGAAAACGCCCUCGCUCUGAUUACGAUGUACCCAGUGGCCGUGACCUAUCCAGUUAUUAUUCCCGUGAUGACGAUAGAGGAGCUCUUCGUGUAAUUAGAGAUUCGGACUCCAUUGGAGCAUCCUAUGACCGUUACUUGCAUAGUGGGACAAUUUCAUCUUACGGUGGGGGACAGUCUGCUAGAGCCAUAAGUGGGGUGCCUGUUCGUCCUGUUGAUGAUCUGCGCAUGGUAAGUAUGGGGUCCAUGGACCCAGGGUCUAGUGUAAAAGACAGGUCAAUGCGAACAGGAAGUGGAAGAUCUGAGGUUUCCCUUCCUCCUGAUGCUAGCAGCACACUUUUUGUGGAGGGCUUGCCUUCUGACUGUACACGUCGGGAAGUUUCCCAUAUCUUUCGCCCUUUUGUUGGCUACAAAGAAGUGAGACUUGUAAGCAAGGAAUCAAGACAUCCUGGGGGAGAUCCGUUGGUACUCUGUUUUGUUGACUUUUUGAGUCCUGCACAUGCUGCCACUUCCAUGGAUGCAUUGCAAGGAGCUUGCAAUGGUGGAUGGUUAAGCAUUUAGGGUUCGUUUUUAAAGCGGCCACACACACUUAUUUGGAGGUUCAGCAUCGCGUUUGCAAGAUAUGAUCUUGUGAGUUUUGUCUUGUUUGUUUUCCACUGUCUGAAUUCUAGACAACCAGUCUGGCUGAUAGGAACUCUUGUUUUAUCAAUGUAGCAAAUAUUUACAAUGGAUGGUAGUAAACUGGAAUCAUGUCUGAGGUCUUUUAAUAGUUUAGGGCAGGGGCUUCAAGCUAACAACCUCCUCGUUAAAGGAGAACUGCAGCAACCAGUUCUGCAUGUAUAAAUCCUUCACAAUCAGAAUGUUCAUUAAAGCAGUUGUUUAAAUUUUCUAAGAUCUUGAUUGCUCACAGACGAAAAUAUCAUCUACAGAUGCAAGUGAAAUGUUAGACCUUUUGAUGAAUUUUAUAUGAGAUCGAGCAUGGAUGGGAACUACUGCUGUAUCCUUCUAUACUUGCUCGUCAAUUUUGUGACUGGAAACCUGUCCAAAAAUUCAUAGGUUUAACCUGUCUGUUGCACAAGCAACUUUAGAAAAUUAAAAAAUUCAGGGUUAGGCUGGCUAGUUUUGUCUGUGGCAGUACGAAAUGACAGUGUACAAUUGGUAGCUAAUACUGUUCUAAUUAACUCUUAAUCUGAAUAAUUUGGAUGAACUUUUUUCCCAUGCAGUAUGAGGCUGCAGCCUCUUGAACUUCAAGGAAUUCAGCAAAAAACUUUCUGAAUUUGCUGCAAGCUGUGUCUAUGAGGAGAGAAGACGUGCUCAGGAGAUAGAAGUUGAGGCUAGCUUGUUUGGAGUCUGGAAAAAUGGAAAAACAUGGCUUUAUAAUUAUCCAUAUCAGCAAGCAUGCCUCAUCAGUAAUGGGGUAAAAUUUUCCUGAUAGCCUUCAAGUUGAUAUCCCAUGAAUAUGAUGAUGUGCUGCUCAUCUCUAGAGACAAGCUGAAACUUUCAAUGAGUCUUCCAUCUUUGAGAGUUAAGAUCAUCCCUUCUUCCUGGUAUUGAUUACCUUAACUGGAAAAAACGAUGUGAACCUGUGUGGAAUAGAUUGUGAGAAGAAGCUGUCAAAAGAAUACCGUAUCAAUAAUGAGCAGCUCUCAUCUUUCUUCAACUGUUCUUGUUGCAAACUCCUAGCAUGAACAUAUGGGAUAUGUUGCUAGUAAAAACAUCCAAAGAAAAAAA